AUGUCUCGAUCAGGAACCACCCUUUAUGUCACCGGCUUCGGCCACGGUACCCGAGCCCGCGACCUUGCCUACGAAUUCGAACGAUAUGGUCGCCUGGUUCGCUGCGAUAUCCCGGCCCCUCGUACUCCCUCGAGUCGACUGUUCGCCUUUGUUGAAUAUGAGAGCCGUCGGGAUGCAGAUGAUGCCUACCACGAAAUGCACAAUAAGCGCAUUGGCCGUGAUGACCUACUGAAAAUCGAGUGGGCGCGCACUCCGCCCUCUGCGUCGUGGCGGUUCGAUUCUGGUCGCGACCCUGCCCGCGACCCUGCCCGUGAUUCUGGUCGUGAGCGUCGCCGUGACCGUACCCCUCCUCGCCGUGGCCGCUCUCCAUCGCCUCGCCGCAGCCGUGGUGGCGACUAUUCUCCCCGACGUGACGACCGUUAUGAUCGUGACUACGAUCGUCAUGACCGGGAUACCGAUCGCCGUGACCGUGAUGUUGACCGUCGAGACCGGGAUGGUGACCGCCGCGAUCGUGAUCGCGAACGUUCUCGUGACCGUUCUCGUAGUCCCGACGACCGGGACCGCGAUGCUAAGGAUGACCGGGAACGACGCGAUGAUGAUCGGGAACGCCGCGAUGACGAGCGUGAGAACGUCCCGAAUGGUGAAGACAGGAAAGUACCCCUGGACCCCGUGCCUGCUGCUCAUGAUGAGCUUGAUACUGCUGAGUAG